AUGCGCCUCAGGCAGCUCUUCCCCGGAGCGGCGCUCCUCGCCCUCCAGGCCGCCCUAGCCAGCGCCCUCAGCACCUCCAGCACCGUCCUCAUCUUUGCCAGGGACGAAGACUCCGGCAAGUCGGGCUCCUACGGCCUCCGCGGGUACGGCAUCCCCUACGAGAUCGUCAUCGGCAUAUAUGGCGGCUUCAUCGUCCUAAGCGAGGUCGGCUACGACUACGAGAACCAGUGGCGGAGCGCCCUCACCGACGAGCAGUGGCAGGUGCUCUAUGAUUACCAAGGACAGUUUGGCGUGAGAAUGGUGCGGUUGGAUGUAUUCCCGAGCGCCGCUUUUGGUACCAAGACACAACACCCGGUGGGAGGUGGCUGCUGCGAAGAAGGCCAGGACCAACUCGUUAGCAUCACCAACAGUACCGCCUUCCCCACAGCUAACCUUAAGACCGACCAAGCUGUGAGCCUCCAAGGCAUCUGGCACUACCCCGCCAUCAUCACCGACGACUCCAUCGCCUGGGAGGUCGCAGGCUUUGGCCCCGCCGGCGAGUUCUUCGAGGAGCCCAGCACCGCCGCCAUCAUCAACCGCAUCGACAACCAUGAGCAAAUGGUCUUUUUCAUGGGCUGGGCCACCGAUUGGGCCCUGGUCUCCAACUACCUGCAGCAUGCCUACAUCCACUGGAUGACGCGCGGUCUCUCGAUCACUAAUACCCUCUUCUUCCUCCUUCGCGCAGUCUCGGGAAAUCGUAAGACGUACCUCAGCACCCAAGUCGACGACGUGCACCUCGACACCCCGCUCUUCCAAGUCGACGGCGAGGGCCCCGAGUUCCGCAUCAUCACCGACGACCUCGACGCCCACAAGACGUGGCAGGCCGGCCUCAACACGCGCCUGCCCGCGGGCUCCGACUACUUCAUGGAAAUGUGCCACAACGGCAACGGCGACAUCAUCGUGGCCACCGACGACGACUUCGGCUGGGAGAUUUGCGACCCCAACGAGGCCAUCGACUACGAGUCCCCGCCCGAUACCGAUCUCGAGUUCAUGAAGCCCCUUGGUACCGGCACUAGCCUGUGGCCCCCGACGCUCUUCGAAUACCCGUGGUCGCUCGAGUGCUGCCAGGUCGACCCCCUCGCCUCGUGGUUCAUGGUCCCCGAGAACCGUGACGCGUAUGCCCACGUCUCCCAUACUUUUACCCAUCUCGAGCUCAACAACGCGACGUACGAUGAUGCGUGGCGCGAGAUUGCUUUCAAUAGAGAGUGGCUCAACCAGGUCGGAAUCGCUAAUGGCUUGCGCUUCUCUCCUUCCGGCAUCGUACCUCCGGCUAUUACCGGCUUGCAUAACGGCGACGUUAUCCGCGCUUGGUUGGACAAUGAUAUCCGACAUGUGGUGGGGGACAACACGCGCCCCGCUCUUCGUAACAAGGACAGCACUUUUUGGCCCAAAAUCUCAAACGAGGAGGAUAACGGCUUCCCCGGCCUCGUCAUCAUUCCACGGUGGGCUACCAACAUCUACUAUAACUGCGCCUCUCCCGAGUGCACCGUAAACCAAUGGAAGCACACCACCACCAUUGGCGACGACGUCACCUUCGAGGACCUUAUCCACAACGAGGUCCGCACGAACGUCCGCUACCUUCUGGGCUUGCAGCACGAUCCUUACAUGUUCCACCAGGCCAACAUGCACCAAAGUGGCGUGGAGGAGGUGACCAUCGGCGACCAGAGCGGUACCUUUUCCCUCCUUCAGAUCUGGGUAGAGCACGUCACGCAGGAAUUCACGCGUUUGACCAACUGGCCUGUCCUCACCUUGAAGCAUGACGAUAUCGCGCAGCUAUUCGUUGACCGUAUGGCGAGAGAUCAAUGUACCCCCAACCUGUCCUAUAACUACUCCGAAGAUGGUCUCUUCAUCACCAGCGUGACAGUUACCACUACCGAUAACACCUGCGACGUUCCGGUCCCUGUCACCUUCCCCGGAAGCGUCGAAUCCACCGACGGUGUCGGGUCGGAGGACAAGGUAGGGGAUGAGCCACUAAUUGUGUGGGUCACGAUGGAGGGAUCACCCGUCACCUUCACUCUCGCCGAGCCCGUGUCCCUGUGGUAA